GCUCCUGAACAAUGAGGGGUCCUUGCUGGCCUACUCGGGCUACGGGGACACUGAUGCCAGGGUCACCGCUGCCAUCGCCAGCAACAUCUGGGUGGCCUAUGACAAGAAUGGGCACCAGGCCUUCAAUGAGGACAACCUCAAAUUCAUCCUGAUGGACUGCAUGGAGGGACGAGUGGCCAUCACACGGGUGGCAAACCUGCUGCUCUGCAUGUAUGCCAAGGAGACUGUUGGAUUUGGGAUGCUGAAGGCCAAGGCACAGGCGCUGGUCCAGUACCUGGAGGAGCCGCUGGCGCCGGGGGGCGCGCUCCCUGGUGGGCUGUUGUCCCCAUCCAUAGUCCCCUGA